AUAACCCGAUGAGUUACUCCGUUGAUUAUCAAACUGCUAAACUGGAUUGUGAAAUGAAUGCAUUAGAGCUGGCCAUGCUACACACAAAUGAAGAGUUCACAGUUGCAAAGAAUGCAAUUGUCUACCAGGGAAUGGACAAUAAUAAAGACUUCUGGAUUGGACUUACGUCAACAGAUGGAAUUACAUUCCAAUGGAAUGACGGAACAGAUCUAACGGAAACAGCAUGGAUUCCUGGAGCGCCAUCAUCAUUGGCUCUUAACCAACAUGUUAAACUUGUUUACACUGUUGGCUUUGACUGGGAUAAUAGACGAGCAACGGAAACAAGUCCAUUUCUUUGUCAAUAUCCAACGGCGAACUAUUAUCCCAUAUCCCAAGAUAUUGUUGAAGAUUUUACAACAGAAGUAAGCACACCACCUGGAAUUUUGGGUCAAUGGCAUGUUGGUGGUACUAACAAUUCAAGGUAUUUCCAUGUUGACAAGACAGAUUCCAUCCCAAUUACUCUUUCUUAUUUAACCAAGAAUUCCAAAACAAAGAUUUACUGUGCUUACUUGUGUCUGCAUCAUGGAACCAAUUGUACAGCAUUUGUCUAUAAAACUGAACAGUGCUUACUUUUCUAUGGAUACAGCUGUCUCAACACCACACCAGAUAUUGGAAGUGAUAUCUGGGUGUAAAGACACUCACAUCAACUCGAGGCAAACUGUGCUGCUUUAAGACUUUUUAUUUGGCUUAGAAACUGGAACUUACAAAGUCUCUUUAAUGAAAAGAUUCAAUAAAGAAAUAAAGUUAC